AUGGGUUGGUUCACCAGCACCAAGGAAGCCGCCUCUACGCCUACCGAGCCCACCACCGAGGGCGGCUCUCGACUCGGCGUUGGAGCAGAGCAGGAUCGCUACUCAUCUCACUUCAACAUUCCGGAGGAGGAGAAAGAGCGCCUUAAGCAGCAAGUCAGGGACUGGGCGAACAAGCAGGGCAGCGGCGCCGAGCAGGACCGUUACGCAUCACAUUUCAGCCUCCAGAACGAUCCAGUCGCAGCCGCUGCAAGGUGGCUUGCAAAUACGCAUCUCGAUUCCUCGGGAGCUGAGCAGGAUCGAUGGGGCGGAUACUUUGGUCUCGGUGCCGAUGGGUGGGCGCGCGCCAAGAAGCUGUCAGAAACGCAGGGCGUCGGUGCUGAGCAGGAUCGCUACGGAUCGCAUUUCAGCAUAGACACCGGCUCCGUCAAGAGGGCAGCGCUGUCCGUACAAGAGGGCGUAAAGCAGGCGCGCAACCAAUAA